AUGGCGGACACUGUCUCGAAGCAUCGAGCUGAGUUUGCCUUUGCUCAGCUUGAGAACAAGAGAUCUCUGACAUCUCUUCGUGACGAGCUAAGAAUAGCUCGUGUGGAUAUUGACCGGUCUAGGACUGAGAUAACUGCUCUUCAGACCCUUGUUGAUAUUCACCAUCGGGAGCACAAGGCCCUCUGCGAGAUGCUUGAGCGCAAGGGCGUUCUUCAUCGGAAGAAGCAGCGUACUGAUGGUACGGCUUAA